AUGAGUAGUCCGAUAGGGCGCGCCGAACCGCGUCGCAGCUCGCGUUGCGGCUGUGCCCAGCAGCCGUUGUCGACCCGCCGUCUUGUCUUUUACGUCGGCGUCUCUCAACGCCCUUGCCGUUCGCUAGCAAGCGGCGACGACGACAUUCUCCUGCUCGCCGCUCUCUUCUCGAUGACUGCCAUUGUUCAGUCCACCCCGCCAGUCGCCGACACUCUUGAUAGGGCAUUCAUUGGAGACGUUGAUCAGUGGAUCGAGCAGCUCUAUGAGUGCAAACAGCUAACUGAGAACCAAAUCAAAACUCUAUGCGAAAAGGCCAAAGAGAUUCUGGAAAAGGAACCGAACGUGCAAGAAGUUCGAUGCCCUGUUACAGUAUGUGGAGACGUUCAUGGACAAUUCCACGAUUUGAUGGAGUUGUUCAAGAUGGGCGGAAAGAGUCCUGACACGAAUUACCUUUUCAUGGGUGAUUACGUAGAUCGAGGAUACUACUCCGUUGAGACUGUUAGUCUUCUUGUCUGUCUUAAGAUCCGGUAUAAGGACAGAGUCACACUACUCCGAGGAAACCACGAAUCGAGACAGAUUACUCAAGUUUACGGGUUCUAUGAUGAAUGCUUGAGGAAGUACGGUAACUCGAACGUGUGGAAGUACUUUACCGACUUGUUCGAUUGCUUUCCACUUACCGCUGUCGUUGAUGGACAGAUCUUCUGCCUUCAUGGUGGACUUUCGCCAUCCAUUGACACCUUGGAUCAUAUCCGUGCAUUGGAUCGUAUUCAAGAGAUUCCACAUGAAGGUCCCAUGUGCGACCUAUUGUGGUCCGAUCCAGAUGAUAGAGGAGGCUGGGGAAUCUCGCCGCGUGGUGCUGGAUAUACAUUCGGACAGGACAUCUCGGAAACGUUUAAUCAUUCUAACGGGCUAACGCUCAUCUCUCGCGCACAUCAACUUGUUAUGGAGGGAUACAACUGGAGUCAUGACCGUAACGUUGUGACGGUCUUCUCUGCCCCCAACUAUUGCUAUCGGUGCGGAAAUCAAGCAGCAAUGGUGGAGCUUGACGACGAUUUGAAGUACUCGUUCCUUCAAUUCGAUCCAGCGCCGAGACGCGGAGAGCCGCAUGUGACGCGUCGAACACCGGACUACUUUUUGUAA